AUGGAUAGUGUCAGCUGUACAGAAAUCACUAAUGCUUAUAUGAUGGAUGCUCCUGCCUGCAUGCAGGUAAUCCUGCUUCUUGAGGAGCGCCUUUGGGUAACUUCUCAAGAAUCUGGAACCAAACCAUUAACCUUCACAUUCGUGCCAUCCAUUGGAAGACUUCCAACUCAUUUUGAGGUUGUGGAUGUCUCUAAGUUCCUUGUAACAAUUCCAGAAGAGCCAAAGGAUCUGAGUAAUCAAGACAACAUAAAUAAGUCUAAAGCAGUCUCCGACGAUCUGGCUAUAAAGAGCGGUGCCAGACAAGACUGUGUGUCCACCGUCCAUACAGACAGCACUCAAACAGCUUUCCAGUUCCUGGCGCGUAACUCAAGCAAAGGAGAAAUGCAGGAGAAUGACCUUUUUAAGGCUGAGUUUAUCCUGAUUACGGAUUCCGGUGAUGAAGAUGAAGUAGCUGCUGCCUCGAACAACGUUCAUCAGACUUCCAAUGGCUACAGUCCCAUCAGUGCUCAGCUGCUGGCCAUGUCCCAUGUUUCCCCUGGCACCGGGGCAGGGAAACCUCCUGGUGAUGGGCAUGUUCCAGGUGCUGUGCUUUCCCACAGCACUGCUGAUCCACAAAAACAUCAG